AUGAAUAGGAAUGCAACAACUCCCGUUCUAGAUCGGAAGAAUGAAGGGAUUUACAAAAGCUCAAGACAGUUUAGAAUAAAGAAAGUGCAAAAGAGCAAGAUUGCUUUGAAUCCGACCCAGUAUACUCUUCCAAAGCCUAAACAACUCAGAGAGCAGGAGAUAAAGCACGAAGAUCUAUCAAAGAAAGAGAGUUUUUAUAAUCUUCUGAGUUACUUGAAAGCAAGAAAGAUUAAUUCAACAAGUCCAGGGAUUAGAAUGUAUAACGAAGGCUUUAACGAGUCUAUAUACGGCAAGUCUAUGUCCCAGCUAAAAAGUGGAGCUUACAGCCAGCAUGAAAAGUCGCAAUGCUUAUUAUCACGGAGAUCUGGAAUGAAUAAAACUAUAUAUCGUAGAAAUAAAAUCCCGAAUCUUAAUUUGACGCAGCAAAAGGUUUUUAAUUAUUCCCCUGAAAAGAGUGUGCCAAGGACGACUCAGUUGAAAAAUGGUUCAUCUCAGUACGCAUAUAACAAUACUUGUUAUGGAAGGAAUUCUUUCCUUGAUAAAACUAGCACUGUAUAUAACAAGUCAAAAGAUAGCUGCUUCAGCAAGAGAAUGAUUAAUAGCAGAAACAGUUCCAUUCGUAUUUUCAAUAAGACCAUAACUAAGAAUUUCCUGAACAAACCUCUAAAGGAUGAGAAUUCUCAAACAUCAUUAAUUUCUGAGGAUCAAUAUGAAAAGGACCUGGAGCAUGCCAUAAAAAAUAUGACAGAUCAGAAAUAUGAAGACAACUUUUUAGAUUUGAAGCCGAAGAAGAAAAUUGGGGUUAAAAACAACACUGAUUUCGCUGGAUUUCUAGAAGAAGACCCAUUUACAAGGAAAGUGAAGGCUAAGAAUAAGUUGAAACUGCUUAAGAGAUAUCAGUAUUUGUUCAAUUAUGUUGAAGUGAGCGAGAAUAUUCAAGAAUUCAUCUAUAAUUUAAUCAAAUGGUUCAGAAAUGAACAACCAAGAGGGUAUGAUUUCAUGGUCACUCCAUCCGGAUGCAUCAUGAAUAAUCCUAAGGUAGAGAUCACCGAGCAAGGAACUCUCUUAGAAGACAUGAAACUUGCUGUUAAAACUAAAGACUUUGAAACCCAUGACAACAUCGUAAUUAUGACAGAGAGGGACACCAUUAUAGAGGGAAAGUUUGAAUUUGAUAUACUCCAGGAAGGUAAAGUCUGAGCCCUCUUCCUAAACGGGGAUUACUACGAAGGAGAUUACAAAAACUAUAUGAAAACUGGAAAAGGAGUGCUUCAUUACUUACCAAAGCACAUAAACCUCUUAAAGGAUACAUGGACAAUGAAGUUUGAGUACGAUAGUUACAACGGUGAUUUCAUCGAGGAUAAGAAGAUAGGAAAAGCUUUUGUACAGUUCCACGAUGGAAGUGAAUACAUCGGGCAGUUCAUGAACAACGAGAUAGAAGGGAACGGAAUUUUCACAGAUUCUGAUGGCAAUAAAUACAAAACAUUCUCAAAGGAUGAUAGCCACAGGACCAAAAGAGUUUAUAAUAAGGAAGGAGGCUCCUUCGUUAAGGGAAAGCUAUAUGGGCUUGGAGAGAUUCUCUUCAAAAAUGAGAAUGUUUACAAUGGAAAUUUAAAAGGCUCUAAGAGAGAUGGAACAGGCAAAAUGGUCUACAUUGUUUCUGAAACUGGCAUUCCAGAGGACAUCGGCACUUAUGACGGUAACUGGGUCAGAGAUCAAAGAUCAGGCCAAGGAGAGAUGAGGUUCCAAAGUGGAGAAGAAUUUAAUGGGCAAUGGAAAAAUGAUAUGAUGCACUUUGGGAGGUAUAACUACCUCGACCAGACCUAUUACAUCGGCCAUUUUCAUGAAGGAAAACGUGGAGGGGAGGGUACUAUCCAUCUUCAUGAUGGAAUCAAAAUUUGAGGGAAUUUUACUGAUGGUGAAUUAGACAAAUUCGCUUGACUUAAAUUUCCAAAUGGCGAUGUCUAUGAAGGGGAAGUUGUGGAUUAUGAAAUCGGUUCCAAAGGAAUCAUGAAAUACAAAAAUGGUGAUAUUUAUGAAGGCUACUUUGAAGAAGGCUCUCGGCAAGGCUUUGGCAUCCUUCUUUCCAAAAAUGGAGCCAAAUAUGUAGGAAGAUGGGAUGAUGACAAAUAAAUCAGGAUAUGGGAAAGAAUAUAACCCUAUUACAAAUGAAUAUUACCAAGGUGAAUAUGAAUCUGGCAUGAGGGAAGGUAAUGGCAGGCUAAUCACCAAUGAUUUACAAGUAUGGGAUGGUGAAUGGAGAAGAGGAGAAAUGCUUACACCUAAAAAAUCUGACAAAUAUAUUGAGAGAAAGGUAUACCUCAAGAUGGUGUAUCAUUUUAUGAAGAAACAAGACAACAAACAGCCACAUUUGAUCAUAAUAGAUUAGGCUA